AUGCCCUCCCAUCUGGCAAACCACCCUGCUUCAGUCCACGGCAUAGGUACUCUCCCAGCCCUGGACAUGCCCAAGCUGGAAGCAACCAUGGACUCCGUCUCUCUGGAAACCACGUCCACCGCAAAGCCACACGAUAGAAGAUUCCCCGUCGAAAGAUACCCAAAGAACUUCUCCAUGCACGAGGUCGAGGCCAAAGUCGGAAACUGGACAUAUCUCGCCUGUCCCGAUUCCCCCGUCAUAUGCGAGGACUGCAAGAACCACCCAGGCCAUGUUGACUGCAUCGUUGUCGCCAUCGACAGUGUUCACCCAGGUAACCCACAGACGAGCAAGAAGAUCUCCGUCGCGGUCUUCUACGGUCAUGAGAAUGCGCAUAACUUUGCUAGCACUUUCGAAGAAGAACACCCCACUGCCCAAGUUGCUUCGCUGAAGGCGUGCUCGGCGGCGUUGUCUCGGUCCUUGAUGCUUCAAAUGAUGUGGAAGUCGGAAAAGGCUGCCGAUAUGAAUGGAAAGAAGAAGUCUUGGCCUUUGCACACGAUGGUCAUCAAGUCCGAUUCUGAGUACCUUGUCAAGGGUGUCACGGAUUGGCUGCCGAAGUGGAAGAGCAAUGGCUGGAAGAAUUGUAAGGGCCAGGCCGUCGCGAAUGAGACUACGUGGAGAUUGAUCGACAGCAUGAUCGAGGAGAUGGAAAGCAAGACUAAGGUAGAGUUUUGGCUGGUGAGCAAGGAGUCGAAUGAAAGGGCUCACUCCCUGGCCGUUUUUGCCUCGGAGCAGCUUUGA